AUCAUUUCAUUUGAUUUUCAUCAUCGAGGAUUUUCUAGGGUUCUACUUAUUCUUCUUCUGAAUUGGGAAAGAUUUUUAGUUAAUCGAAUUAAUAUUAUUAUGGGUGAAGUAGAAUUAGAAGAAAUGAGAAGAGAUCAAGAGGAAGAUCGAUUAAGUGAUUCUCAUCCUUUACUUGAGAACCACCAACAAUCAAAUUCAGAGAUUAAAGAUGACGAUGGUGAUGAACACGAACAUGAAAAUAAAGAUAUUGAAGACAAUUCAGCUAUUUGCUGUCGCAUUUGCCUUGAAUAUGAUGGCGAACCAGGUGAAGAUUUGAUAUCUCCAUGUAUGUGUAAAGGCACACAACAGUUUGUUCAUCGAGGUUGUCUUGAUCACUGGCGAUCAGUUAAGGAAGGAUUUGCAUUCUCACACUGUACUACUUGUAAGGCACGAUUUCAUCUUCGAGUGGAAUUGCUAGAGGAUUACUGUUGGCGUAAAAUUAAAUUCAGGAUUUUUGUUGCCAGGGAUGUUCUGCUUGUCUUCUUGGCUGUACAAACUGCAAUCUUCGUGAUGGCUGGCUUUGCAUACUUGCUGGAUACAAAUGGGAGCUUCAGGAAUUCAUUCAGUGAUGGAUGGGACCGUAUACUUUCGAAGCAUCCAAUUCCUUUCUACUACUGUAUAGGCGUGUUGGCUUUCUUUGUUAUACUUGGGUUUGUCGGACUGAUAAUACAUUGCUCCUCCUUCAACAAUAACGACCCAUGCUUGGCUGGCUGUCGGAAUUGCUGCUACGGGUGGGGCAUUUUAGACUGCUUCCCAGCAUCUAUGGAAGCAUGCUUCGCUCUUGUUAUUAUCUUCGUUGUCAUAUUUGCCAUCCUUGGCAUCGCAUAUGGUUUGCUUGCUGCUUCCAUGGCCGUACAGAGGAUUUGGCAGAGACACUAUCACAUCUUAACAAAAAUGGAGCUGACUAAGGAAUAUGUAGUUGAGGAUCUUGGCGGGUCUUACACACCACCAAAGCUGGAUCCAGAACAUGAAGAGCGUUUGAAGUUACUGAAGCUAUUGUAAAAACAUAGGCACAGGAGUACAGUGAAGAUGAUGUUUUCUCUGAGAAACAGUCGGAAUCUAUUGGAUUUAGAAGUAGACUUUAUUUCCCGUCAUGUAUUAAAUAGAUCUUUUUAGGUGUCAGUUUUUGAUAGAUUUGGGAAGAAGGCCCAGGGAACACUAUAACACUGUAUUGAUCGCUUCACUGGUCAACCAAUGUGAAUAUAUUUCACCUUAUUUGAACAAGUAA